AUGAGCAAAGAUGGUCCUCAGGCAGCAGCCAUGCAAACAGCGCAGAGGGCGAUAGAGUUUGAUCACGCACAGAGAUAUGAAGAGGCCAUUUAUUUUUACGCCGAAGCUACUCGCAAAAUUCUGGAACUGCUAGGCCAAAAGAAAAUACUCCCAAUUUUGCGAAAAAAUGCACAAGAAUACGUCGAAAGAGCGGAGUUUUUAAAAAAAGAACUUCCAAGGCUUCAAGCCGAACGUGCGUCUAAGCUUCCACCACAACAGCUUCUUUACGAGCAAGCGGAAUUUACCAUGAUGAAGGCGGUUGAUAUAGAUGAACGAGGGGAGUCAGUACAUGCAAUGAGUCUCUACAAAGAAGCCAUUCAAAUGUGCUUGAACAUGAGCCGAUCAAAUGGAAUUGAAGAUUCUUUAAAGGAAAAGUUGCGUAAGGUAGCUGGUGAAGCUCUUGAACGCGCCGAGCAUUUGCAAUUUGCAGUUGAUUCGAAGUUGCAGAAAGAAAAUGAUGAAGCACAACGUCUAAGUCUUUUACUCCCCGCGGCUCUAUCUUCUGAGCUCGUUCUAUCUGAGAUGCACCUUGACGAUCGAGCUCCAUCUGGGCGUGGUACUCCAUCUGGCGGCCCAUCUCCAACGCCCAAUAGAAAGAAUGACGAAGGAUUGUCGAAGGAGGAACUCGCAGUACUUGCGGUUACUUCUCGCAUCAACGGGCGCAGUUACGUGCCAUUUCUUUCCCAAGACCUCCGCGAGCAAUUUCAUUUCACUCUGCCAUUUACGGAUAAACACGGCAAACUUGCCUUAACGGAAAAACAAGUCAAACGAUUAAAAGGAUGGGCUCGUGCCUCAGAAAUCAUCAAAGAACCUACGGUAAUCAAAAGGAUUGACAGUGGAACUAUCAAACAGACUGUGAUUUCCGAUUGUUCUUUUGUGGCAUCGCUUGCGAUAGCCGCUCGAUAUGAAAGGAGAUUUGGCAAACAAUUGGUUACAAGUGUUAUCUAUCCCCAGGAUCGACGAAAACAACCCAUUUAUAAUGAAAGCGGAAAAUAUAUGGUUAAACUUCAUAUUAAUGGCGUUUGGAGGAAGGUUAUCAUUGACGAUUGCUUUCCGAUCGGUGAAAAUAACCAACUUUUAUGUUCCUACAGUCAACAAGAAGAACUAUGGGUUAGUCUUUUGGAGAAAGCUUACAUGAAAGUGAUGGGUGGAUACGAUUUUCCUGGAAGCAAUUCGAAUAUUGAUCUUCAUGCAUUAACUGGUUGGAUACCCGAACGAGUUCCUAUUAAAAAGGAUUCGAAGGAAUUCGAUCCUGACAAACUCUUCGAGAAGCUAUUGCAGAGGUUUCAUCAGGGUGAUUGCUUAAUCACGCUGGCUACAGGGAAAUUGGAUGAAGCUACUUGUUCACGUGCUGGUCUUGUUGAUAGUCAUGCCUAUGCCGUUCUUGAUCUGAGAAAAUUUCAGGGAAAACGGCUUUUAAUGGUUAAAAACCCGUGGACGCAUUUGCGUUGGAAAGGACGCUUCAGUGAAAAUGAUGAAACAAGUUGGACUCCCGAGCUGUGUAAAGCUUUGGAUUUUGAUCCGAGCAAAGCAAAAGAACGGGAUGAUGGUGUAUUUUGGAUUGACUACGAAUCGGUCAUGAGUUUCUUUGACGUGUUUUAUGUAAACUGGAACCCUGGACUAUUCCCAUACACAUAUGGAUUACACAGUCAGUGGAAUGCCUGUGCGGGACCCAUAAAGGACCUUUUUUCAGUGGCGUCAAAUCCUCAAUAUUCGUUGGAGGUCCGGAAUAAAGGCCCGGCUCCAGUUUGGAUUUUAUUGACGAGACAUAUUACCGAAAUCGCUGAUUUUGCCAACAAUAAAGAGUUUAUAACUGUGAUGGUCUACGAAGGAGGAAAGAAAGUAUACAUUCCGUUUGACCCAAAGCCUUUAUAUGAUGGUGUUCGAAUUAACAGUCCUCACUAUUUAUGUCAGAUGCUGCUCACUGAACCUGGACCGAAAAGAUUCACUUUAGUAGUUGCUCAGUAUGAAAAAUCUACAACUAUCUUCUACACACUUCGCGUGUAUUCUACAGCGGAAUUUACUCUUGCUCCAAUAAAACUUCCAUACAAGUUUAAAAAGACGGAAACUGGGAAAUGGGAAGGAAAAACGGCUGGUGGAUGUGGUAAUGGAACUUCUCGGGAGACGGUUGAAAAUAAUCCCAUUUUCCAUAUUUCUACUGAAAACCACAGUGACGAGAAUAUGCUGUUUUUGGAGCUUAAGGGUCCUAAACAAUAUUCCAUUGGCUUUGAUCUAUGGGCAGUAUCCACAGCGAGAGAAUACAAAGAGUUCAAUCGAAUAUCAUCGGGUGCUUACAGGCCUGGAUAUACGGUAUUGACGGUUGAACGAUUACCAGCUGGAGUGUUCGCCGUACGUCCAGCGACUUUCCUGUCUAACCAAGAAGGUCCUUUCAUUUUAACAAUUGAGGCUUCGUGUAACUUUUCCAUCAAAAGAAUUCAG